AUGACAAUAACACUAUCCGCCAUUUCGCGUCAAGGCGACGACAAGAUGGCGGCCGAACGAGCCAAACGGUCGAUUUGGAAAGAAUCCACUGUCCACCGUCCACCGUCUCCGGGGAAGAUCUGCCGCCACGACGCAUCUCUUUGCUUAUUUAUUUUCGUGGAGAUAGUUUAUCGGAUGCGGCCUCUAGUCGCAGGGCUUGACGCAAUACCAGACGUGCGACGGAACCGCCUCCGCUUCCGGUCUCGCCGCGCACUCUGGCUCGUAUACGUGUAUAAGCUAGGUAAGUUAACAUAA